AUGUCCAGUAAAUCGUUUCCAACGUCCGUAUUCGAAUCGCUACUUCCAAAGCUCGCUGUCGUCCUCGAGCUUACGCAAAACCUGGAGGGCUCCAUGACGCCGCAAGCGAGGAAUGCCCUCCUUCAGGCGACAAACGACUUCAAAAACACCCUGAGCCAUGCGAAGGAAUUGGCGAAGUCGCUGCCGGGUGGAGAGCUCAUGACGAAGGAUCAGGACGAGGUCAUCCAAAUGCUGGAACAAAUCCGUGAUCAGAAAAGACGACAGCUGCUGGAGUUCUCGACUACGGUCCUGGAGACGUCGCAUGUAUCAAACACCGAAACGCAAAUGGAACUAGAUUCCGUCGCCUCAACCCCUUCUCAGAACUAG